GCGGGUCGUUCGUACUUCGCCCUGGCCCGGCCCCCGACGGCCGCGCGUUGAGAUGACUUUCCCCGAUCUCCUGAGGGUCAGUUUCGAGGGACCCCGCCCGGACAGCAGCGCAGGGGGCUCCAGCGCUGGCGGCGGCGGGGGCAGCGCGGGCGGCGCGGCCCCCUCAGAGGGCCCGGCGGUGGGCAGCGUGCCGGGGGCCGCGGGCGGCGGCGGCGGCGGCGUCGUGGGUACAGGCAGUGGCGAGGAAAACCGGAGCUCCGCAGGGGAGCCAGGGAGCGCGGGUGCAGGCGGCGAUGUUAAUGGCACGGCGGCCGUCGGGGGGCUGGUGGUGAGCGCGCAGGGCGUGGGUGUGGGCGUCUUCCUAGCAGCCUUCAUCCUUAUGGCCGUGGCAGGUAACCUGCUUGUCAUCCUCUCAGUGGCCUGCAACCGCCACCUGCAGACUGUCACCAACUAUUUCAUCGUGAACCUGGCGGUGGCCGACCUGCUGCUGAGCGCCACGGUGCUGCCCUUCUCGGCCACCAUGGAGGUUCUGGGUUUCUGGGCCUUUGGCCGGGCCUUCUGCGACGUGUGGGCAGCCGUGGACGUGCUGUGCUGCACGGCCUCCAUCCUCAGCCUCUGCACCAUCUCCGUGGACCGGUACGUGGGCGUGCGCCACUCACUCAAGUACCCAGCUAUCAUGACCGAGCGCAAGGCGGCCGCCAUCCUGGCGCUGCUCUGGGUCGUAGCCCUGGUGGUGUCUGUAGGGCCGCUGCUGGGCUGGAAGGAGCCUGUGCCCCCUGACGAGCGCUUCUGCGGUAUCACCGAGGAGGCUGGCUACGCUGUCUUCUCCUCAGUGUGCUCCUUCUACCUGCCGAUGGCGGUCAUCGUGGUGAUGUACUGCCGCGUGUACGUGGUCGCGCGCAGCACCACCCGCAGCCUCGAAGCGGGCGUCAAGCGCGAGCGGGGCAAAGCCUCGGAGGUGGUGCUGCGCAUCCACUGUCGCGGCGCGGCCACGGGCGCCGACGGGGCUCAAGGCACGCGCAGCGCCAAGGGCCACACCUUCCGCAGCUCGCUCUCCGUGCGCCUGCUCAAGUUCUCCCGUGAGAAGAAAGCGGCCAAGACGCUGGCCAUCGUCGUGGGUGUCUUCGUACUCUGCUGGUUCCCUUUCUUCUUUGUCCUGCCGCUCGGCUCUCUGUUCCCGCAGCUGAAGCCAUCGGAGAGCGUCUUCAAGGUCAUCUUCUGGCUGGGCUACUUCAACAGCUGUGUGAACCCGCUCAUCUACCCCUGUUCCAGCCGCGAGUUCAAGCGCGCCUUCCUCCGCCUCCUGCGCUGCCAGUGCCGUCGUCGCCGGCGCCGCCGCCCCCUCUGGCGAGUCUACGGCCACCACUGGCGGGCCUCCACCAGCGGCCUGCGCCAGGAUUGCGCCCCGAGCUCGGGCGCCGCGCCCCCCGGAGCGCCGCUGGCCCUCACCGCGCUCCCUGACCCCGACCCCGACCUCGACCUCGACCUCCCAGACAUGCCCGAGAUGCAGGCUCCGGUCGCCAGCCAUCGAAAGCCUCCCAGCGCCUUCCGCGAAUGGAGGCUGCUGGGGCCGCUCCGGAAACCCACCACCCAGCUGCGCGCCAAAGUCUCCAGCCUGUCGCACAGGAUCCGCACCGGGGGCGCGCAGCGCGCAGAGGCAGCGUGCGCCCAACGCUCAGAGGUGGAGGCCGUGUCCCUAGGCGUCCCCCACGAUGUGGCCGAGGGCACCACAUGCCAGGCCUACGAGUUGGCUGACUACAGCAACCUACGGGAGACUGAUAUUUAAGGACCCCAGAACUAGGCCGCGGAGCGUGCUGGGCUUGGGGGUAAGGCGGCCUAGAGAGGGAGGCUGGCUUUGUUCAAGAGGCGCCAUGCAAAUCAGAGACCCGGAAACUGAUCGAGGUAGCUGCUCUGUGGCCUCCCUGAGAAACUGGGCGGAGCUUGAGGCGGAGCCCUUGAAAGGUGAAAAGUAAUGGGGCCCCCUGCUGGACUCAGGUGCCCAGAGCUCUUCUCUUAAAAGGGAAGGACUGCGGGCUCCGUGAGGCCGUUUGCUCCCAAUCCGUGUUUGAGAAACACUGCCCCAUCCCCCAUGCCCUGAACCCUGAGCAAACAGCGCCAAGCAUGGCCAGGAAAGCCUCCCUCUCCUCUUCUGGGGAAUUGGAACAGAAGCUUUGUGGCCAGUUGCCCCAGUGCCUCCCUUAGGGAAAAAGUCAGUGGGGCCAAGGCUCCUUAGUGGACACAUUCUUACUGCCGACUGGAGGAACCCAGUAGACCUACCACCACCACCCACAAGCUUUGGUGGCAGAUUGGCCGUCAUACAAGUCUGUUGUAUUUAUCCAUGGGCCCUCUGUCCACCGCCCAGGCUCCUCCGUGCACCCCCAUCACCUGGCCCUGCCCCUCAUUACUUCCCCUCAAGGGCCUUACUGUUUACACUCUGUACAUAGCUCAUUGUGCCUGUGCCCAUCACUUCUUGCUGGGAUUCCGAGCCACCAAUUGGAGAGCUUUAUUUGUCAUUUUGAGACAUAUUUAUUGGUAAGAGUACUUCUAUUUUGUCCACACUGUGCAAACUGUCCCUCUUUAGCCCGUAACCCAUAAAAAUCUACUUUUUUCCC